ACUAGGGGGGUGCUAGGGGGACUUUAGCACCCCCAGACUAAAAAUUAGCACCCCCAAAAAUUCAAAGUCAAAUCCUUGAUUUGUAAGCUGUAGGUAUUUCAUUAUUGUACCUACCUAUUCUGUUCAAAUUUUUAUUUUAGAAUAAUUUAUUUAUAUUUAAUGUUUCGAAGAUAGUUAUAUUAGAUGACAACAUAGUUUGUCAUGAGGUCUACAAUAUAAUAUCAUGAUAGCCGAUAGGUAAGGUAUAUUGCAUUGGGAAUUUGGUUGUGUUAAUAGUUAUUUUUAAACUGUUAUAUCUACGUAAUCCGCUACCCGUAUGUUUUCCAUUAUAUGCGUUAUCGUUAUAAAUUAUAAAUAUAACUUAUAACAUUACACAACAGUCGACGAGACGACGACACACGUUAUACAGACAUACAGUACCCAAAACUUGAACUGCCAACAGGUAACAGUAUUCCGUCUCCGUAAAUCUGAAUUGAUAGGUAUUUAAAAUGUUUAGUAUUUUUAAAAAACGGAAACGGAAACCUAAAGAUAAUAAUGAGGAAAACGAAAUUGAAGCUGAUAUUGACGAUCCUGGCAUGGUUGACAUUUCUACUAAUAGUACUACUCAUACAAGUGAUACAACUCUUGAUUUGGGAAAUAAAGAUUCCGGCCCAUGUCGUCCUAUACUUACAGAAUAUAAAAAAAUUAAAUUUGGAACACAACAAAGAUCGUUUCGAAGCCAAUGGUACAAUGAAUGUGAUUGGCUAGAAUACAGUGUUCAGCGUAACGCUGCAUUCUGCUUUGUUUGCCGAACUUUCGGUUCAGAAAAUUCAGGUGAAAAUAUAUGGAUUAAAUCUGGGUUCAAUAAUUGGCAAAAGUUUCUUGUAAAAUCAAAAAAACAUUCUUCUACCAGUACUCAUUUGACUAAUUUAUCAAAAAUGUGUGCAUAUAAAAGUAGUUUAAAGACAGGAUCUGUUGUGACACAACUAUCUAGCGCUCAUAAAAAACAAGUUGAAAUUAAUCGCAAAUACAUGUCUAGUUUAAUUGAUGUUGUGUUAUACCUUGCUAAGCAAGGCAUAGCAUUUAGAGGACAUAAUGAAAAUUUAGAUUCUUUAAAUCAAGGUAAUUAUAAGGAAAUGUGCCAUAUGGUAUUUUCAAAGUUCAUGCCAGAUUUGAAAAAUGUAUAUGAGAAUAAAAUUAACCAUACCAGUUGGAAAGUGCAGGACGAAAUUAUUAAAAUAAGUGCUGACCUAAUUAAAGAAAUUAUUGUUGAGGAAAUUGUUGUUUCUGGGAAUUUUGCACUUAUGGUUGAUGAAGCCAGGUCCCAUAAAGAAGAACAGUUAUCUGUAUGUGUGCGGUAUGCUGUUGGUCUUGAGGCACGUGAAAGAUUUUUGCAAUUCAUAGAUGUUUCUAAUGGACAAACUGCCAACCAUAUUAUUUCUGCUGUUUUUAAUUGUUUUCAAAAUUUAAGUAUUAAUAUCAAUACAUUAAAUAUUGUUGCUCAGUCUUAUGAUGGUGCCAGCGUAAUGGCUGGACACCUUGGAGGUGUCCAGGCAAAAAUUAAACAACAAUUUCCAUGUGCCAUAUACACACACUGUAUGGCACACAGAUUAAAUUUGAUUGUUGUGGAUAUGUGUAAAGGAAUAAAGGUAUUAAUUAGUUUAAGAUAAUAAAAAUAAUAAUAAUAAUAAUAAAAUAAUAAUCAAACAAUAAUUCAUUGAAGUAUUUUUAACAGAAUGCCUAUACGGCUAUACCUGUAGUAAAAUAAUAAAAUUUUUAUCAUAUAAUUAUAUAAUCUGUAUUAACAUUUAUAGA